GAACGUUUUCUUGCUAUGGUGCAUGUCAAUGACACUUCGGCUCUUUCUUUAAAGAACUAUAUUGAUGAAUUGUUUGCAAAACAUAAAUUUUCAAUAUCAAGAUUAAGAGGUCAAUGAUACGAUGGAGCUUCUAAUAUGCGAGGUGAGUAUAAUGGAUUGAACGCUCUCAUCUUGAAAGAAAAUUCAGCCGCAAGGUAUGUCCAUUGUUUUUCAAACCAACUCCAACUAGUUGUUGUUGUUGUUGCUAAGUGUAAUAGAAUUGUGUGUGACUUUUUUCAAUAUGUCACUAUGAUUGUGAAUGCCACCGGGGCUUCAUGUAAAAGAAGAGAUAGACUUAGACAAAUAGAACAUGAGAGGCUUCUAGAAAAUUUGGAAAGGGGGGAGAUUGUAAGUGACAAGGGGAAAAAUCAAGAAGUUAGUUUGAAAAGAUCAGGAGAUACUCGUUGGGGAUCACAUUACAGUACUAUUAUUCACUUGAUGUCUAUGUGGAGUUCCGUAUUAAAAGCCCUUGAGAAUGUGUAUGAGGAUGGUGCUAAUGAAGAGCGAGGAAUAGCUUCAAGCUUAAUUGAUAAGAUGGAGAAUUAUGAAUUUGUAUUUGUGAUGCACUUGAUGAUAUAUCUACUUGGAAUCACAAAUGAAUUGUCUCUUGCCUUGCAACAAAAAGAUCAAAAUAUUGUCUUGGCUAUCCAUUUGAUUAGUACAAUGAAGGCCCGGUUACAAGAAUUUCGAGAUAAUGGAUGAGAUAAUCUCUUCAAGGAAGUGAUUUUUUUUGUGAAAAUCAAAAGAUUCCAUUAGCUAAUAUGGAAGAACAUGUGAAAGUUCGUGGUCGUAGUAGGCGAAAUGGAGAGACAAUUUCGAAUUCGAUCCACUUUCGUGGGGGAAUAUUUUGUGAGGUUCUUGAUAAGAUCAUUUCAGAGAUGAGCAAUCGUUUUCCUAAAGCAAGUAUGGAGUUGUUGAGUUGUAUUGCAUGUCUUGAUCCAAAAAACUCUUUUUGUCAUUUUGACAUUGACAAAUUACUCCGCAUGGCUAAACUUUAUCCGGAGGACUUUUCAUGUACCGAUCGUGUUUUACUCAAGCAACAACUUCAGACUUAUAUUCAUACCGUCCGGGAUCAUGAGCAAUUUUCUACGGUUGAUGAUUUAGGAUGUCUUGCCAAGCAAAUGGUUCAAACUGGAAUGAACAAGGUUUUUUCAUUGGUAUACCAACUUAUUGAGUUAGCUCUGGUUUUACCGGUUGCAACUGCUUCAGUAGAAAAAGUCUUCUCUGCUAUGAAAAUCAUCAAGACUGAUUUGCGCAAUAGGAUGGGAGAUGAAAGGAUGAAUGAUAGCUUGGUUGUAUAUAUCGAGAAAGAGAUUUUUGCAACCAUUGAAAAUGAAGUAAUUUUGCAACGCUUUCAACAGAUGCGAACUCGGAGGACACAUUUAUCUCCCCUAGUUUCCUAGAGUAGUUAGUUUUGGACUUAUAUGUAAACAUUAAACUUUACGACACUUAAUUUACACAAUCAUAUGCAUUUUUUUCUAAAUUUAUUAUGAUGUAUUUAUUUGAUACAUUUUUCGGCACC